AUGGCCCCGCCUCCUCCCUCCCCCUCCAUGGCGCCGCCCGGGCUCAUUCAUUCCGCGCCAGGCCUGCCAGACACCUGCGCUCUCCUUCAGCCGCUCGCCGCCGCCGCCGGCAUGUCAGGCCCCGCCGCCGAGACCCCGUCCGCCAUCCAGAUCUGCCGGAUCAUGCGACCGGAUGAUGCCAAUGUGGCUGGCAACGUCCACGGUGGGACCAUCCUGAAGAUGAUCGAGGAGGCAGGGGCCAUCAUCAGCACCCGACACUGUAACAGCCAGAAUGGGGAGCGCUGUGUGGCCGCCCUGGCCCGCGUCGAGCGCACCGACUUCCUGUCACCCAUGUGCAUCGGUGAGGUGGCGCACGUCAGUGCAGAGAUCACCUACACCUCCAAGCAUUCCGUGGAGGUCCAGGUCAAUGUGAUGUCCGAAAACAUCCUCACAGGUACUAAGAAGCUGACCAAUAAGGCCACCCUGUGGUAUGUGCCCCUGUCACUGAAGAACGUGGACAAGGUCCUGGAGGUGCCUCCAGUCGUGUAUUCCCGGCAUGAGCAGGAGGAGGAGGGCCGGAAGCGGUACGAGGCCCAGAAGCUGGAGCGCAUGGAGACCAAGUGGAGGAAUGGGGACAUCGUCCAGCCCGUCCUGAACCCAGAGCCGAACACCGUCAGCUACAGCCAGUCCAGCCUGAUCCACCUGGUGGGGCCUUCCGACUGCACCCUGCAUGGCUUUGUGCAUGGAGGUGUCACCAUGAAGCUCAUGGACGAGGUGGCUGGGAUUGUGGCUGCACGUCAUUGCAAGACCAACAUAGUCACUGCCUCCGUGGACGCCAUUAACUUUCACGACAAGAUCAGAAAAGGCUGCGUCAUUACCAUCUCUGGACGCAUGACCUUCACGAGCAAUAAGUCCAUGGAGAUCGAGGUCUUGGUGGACGCCGACCCCGUGGUGGACAACUCGCAGAAGCGCUACCGGGCUGCCAGUGCCUUCUUCACCUACGUGUCCCUGAGCCAGGAGGGCAAGUCGCUGCCCGUGCCCCAGCUCGUGCCCGAGACCGAGGACGAGAAGAAGCGCUUUGAGGAAGGCAAAGGGCGGUACCUGCAGAUGAAGGCCAAACGGCAGGGCCGGACGGAGCCCCAGCCCUAGGGGCCGCCCCUGCGCUGGGCCUGGAGUGGCCCCAGUGUCUAGUCACUUAGAAUUCACCCCCUUGGCCAAAAACCCAAUCCACACUGAGAGCUGGUGUUGUGUGAAGUGUUCGUCUUGCAGUGUUAACCUGUGCUCUCCUGAAAACCUACACACCAAAGCUUCAUUUCUAUCACUCCAGUGUAAGCGCUCCCUAGGGA